AUGGCACAACCUCUCUGCCUCUUUCUUCUCUCCUUCUUCUUCAUCAAUAUUUCCUACGGAAUUGGAGAUGAGUCUCGUCCAUCAUCAGCAAACUGUCCUGACCACUAUGAGUCCUGUGGUGCUAACGUAACCAUUAAAUACCCAUUUUGGCGAACCCAUAAUAAUUCUACCUCCAACCAGUAUUGUGGUUAUCCAUAUUUUGGUCUUUCAUGCUCAGAAUAUGGUAAGACAAUACUAAGACUGCCUCAUGACCACCCUUUUCUUGUCAAAGAUAUAAACUACCCCAACCAUUCUAUCACCCUCUUGGACAUCGAUCUUGACGGAAACCAACAGUACUGUCCUAGACCGCGCCAUAACCUUACUCUGGAAACCUUACCCUUACAUUACUCAAAAUCAGAUUUGACCCUCAGUUUUCACUUCAAUUGCACUUCCGGUCCAUUUCCGUGGCCUCCUAAACCUCCCAUAGAAUGCUUAAGAUUUGAGGCAAAGCGGUCCUAUGUUAAUGUGUUAGAAGGGAAUGAGACGGAGCAAGAUAAUUGGUUUGGAAUAUGCGAGGAGCAUGUAAGGGUGAUGGUGUUAAGGACUCCUCUCACAAAUAACGACAUGAUCACCACUGAGUUUGGUAGGGCGAUGGACCAGGGGUUUAUGCUGGAUUGGGGGACGGCCAAGGAGUGCGGUGCCUGUGAGGCUUCUGAUGGGCACUGCGGGUCCGGCGAUAGUAAGAAGGGUUUCUCGUGCUUCUGCAAGGAUGGCAAAGUACGUAGCAAGCAAUGUGGAGAAGAUAAUAAGGAUUAUACAGACUGCAAAAAGCCCUUUAAUUGUGGACUCUUGAAGGAUCUUUCUUUUCCUUUCUGGGGAGGUGAUCGGCCUGAAGUCUGUGGACAUAAAGGGUUCCAGCUCACGUGUGAAGAUGGUCAGCACCCUCUAAUAGCUAGUGACAUAUUCAAAUUCAGCCUAUUGAAUCUAGUUCAAUCUUCCAGGUUCAUGUCUCUUCAGCUUGUGAAUUUCAAGGAUUACAUUUGUCCUCCUCAAAUAUCAGCCAAUUCAAGUAGUGGCAGUGGCAUCCAUAUCUUCGGUUAUGACCUCAACCUUCAAAACCUCAACUUACUUUACAAUUGCACCACCACCUCGAGCUCGGUACUGCCUCAAAACAGAAUUUCAUAUUGCAGUAGAUAUACUGGUAGUUCGUUCUAUGGAAAUGAUGAUAUCUUGGUGAGCAGUAGUGGGCUAGACCAAAUGCAAUGUAGCAUGAGAAUAAAAGUUCCAAUUCCAUCCAAGUCUUUAAGCCUACUUGUGGGUGACAGACCAGAAUUGGAGAAAGUUUUAGGAGAAGAGUUUAAUGUGUCGUACGAGUAUGACCAAGGUCCUUCAAUUUGCCAGGGAUGUAUGGCUUCAAAAGGAAUAUGUGGAACUAACAUGACUCAUCCGAAUAAAGAGUUUAUGUGCCUUUGCCGUGACCAACCUUAUUCUUUUGUCUGUCAAGGUCAGCUCGUUGAUAUGGGUAUGGCUUCCAUCUUUUACAUUAUUUUGUAUGAUAAGCUUGCUCUAAAAGUUCAGCCUGUUUUUAAAAAGGCCAGCCCAAACUUCUUCCAGUCCUCUCCUGAUUGUCAGUCCAUGUAUAACUUGGGACCGUUGCAUUGGCCAAUUCUUAGACCUAUUGAUGUUCAACAGUUGGCCAAUCCGCCCAACCAAACUGUAUCACAGGAUCCAAAGUUCAAGUCUUGUGAACCAAAAAACUGUGGCUCUGGCCCUAACAUAAGCUACCCUUUUUGGUUAUCUCAUGAACAUGAACCCUUUUGUGGCUAUCCAAAUUUUGAGCUCACCUGCAAUCACAAAAGACCAGUACUCACAAUCUCCAAUGAUGAUUAUAUCGUUAAAGAUAUUUUUUAUCCCAACAAUUCUUUGCUUUUGGCCAAUGCUGUUGUCUAUGAGGAAACUUGUCCAACUCCUCCGCAUAACAUCAGCCUUGACAGAACUCCCUUUAAUAUUAGUCCUGGUUAUACAAAUUUUUCCUUCUUCUACAAUUGUACCUCAAAGCCUAAAAAUUACUUCUACCUAUAUGCAUUAAGUUGUGCUACAAAUUCUACACAUUAUUCUUUUGCUGGUUUUCACAUGGAAGAAAUAGAGAUGUACUACAAUUACUCAUUGAAGUCAUGCCAAGGUUUUGUUAAUGCUCCUCUCCACGCUGCUGAAAAUAUUGAUAGUCUGCUUAGAAAAAAUUAUAGUGAGGUUUUGGAGAUGGGGUUCCUCAUGAAUUGGACUGCACAUAAUUGUAGCACUUGUGAGAGAAGUGGUGGGCGUUGUGGAUUUGAGAAUAAUGAAUUCGUUUGUUUUUGCCAUGAUCGGUCUCGUCCCAAAUCUUGUGACGAUGGAAAUAAUAUGAAUAUGGGUCGGAAGGUUCGUGUAGCUCUUGGGGCAUCUCUUGCUACCGUAAUCAUAAUGCUCACAGCCUUCUUCUUCUGGUACCGCCGCAAGAAAAGGCAAUAUGUGUCCUUUGUCUCUGGAAGCAUCAAAUCAGUUCCAUCUUCAAAGGCACAUUUGGAGAACCGAAGUAGCUACAACGGUGUCCAUCUCUUUUCUUAUGAAGAACUUGAAGAGGCUACUGACAAUUUUGAUGAGACUAGAGAGCUUGGAGAUGGAGGCUUCGGGACAGUAUAUUAUGGCAAACUUCUGGAUGGGCGUGAAGUUGCAGUCAAGCGGUUAUACGAGAACAACUAUAAGAGACUUGAGCAAUUCGUGAAUGAAGUUGACAUUCUAACUCGCUUGUGCCAUCGAAAUCUUGUCUUACUAUAUGGAUGCACCUCUAGGCACAGCCGAGAACUCCUACUUGUAUAUGAGUACAUUCGCAAUGGAACACUUGCUGAUCAUCUUCACGGUGAAAGAGCAAAGCCUGGUGCACUCCCAUGGCUUACUAGAAUGAACAUUGCUAUAGAGACCGCAAGUGCACUGGCAUAUCUUCAUGAUUCUGAUAUUGUGCACCGUGACCUUAUAUCAUCGAUGCCUGCUGUUGAUAUCUCUAGACACCGGCAUGAGAUUAAUUUGUCUAACAUGGCAAUCAAUAAAAUCCAAAGCAAUGCAUUGAAUGAACUUGUUGACCCAAGUCUUGGGUUUGAAUCAGAUUUUGCAGCGAGAAAAAAGAUUAGCGCGGUGGCUGAGUUGGCUUUUCAAUGUCUUCAAUCUGCAAAAGAGUUGAGACCCUCGAUGGAAAAAGUGUUAGAGAUUCUAAAAGACGUACAAAGUGGAGACGACGGUGAGACUAAGGCAGAGGAGAUAGAUGUUCGUUCAGAUAAUGCUGGGUUGUUGAAGAGUGAUCCGAUACCAACUUCUCCAGAUACUGUCACUGUGACAUGGAUUAGCACUUCUACAACACCUAAUGGCAGUGGUUAA